AUGAGCAGCCACCUGGAGCUGGAGGAGAGGCUCAGGGAAGCUGCUGCACUAGGCGACCUAGAGGAGGUGCAGACGCUGCUCGACAAGGGGGUGGAGGUGAAUGCCCAGAAUGAGAUCAAUGGCUGGCUUUUUACGCUUUACAAAUGCUUACUAACAAAUAGGUUUAACUUUUACAGGACAUGUUUGCACUGGGCUUGCAAGCGGAAUCAUACCCAAGUGGUUUCUUACCUGCUGGAUUCUCAAGCUGAUAAAGAGAUUUUCACAGUUAAUGGAGAGCUGGCAGCACAUUUAACUUCAAAGAAAGAAAUCAGAAAGCUUCUGGGAGUGGAAGAAUGUGACAAUCAAGAAGUUAGUAACUUAAAGCUGCCAAAUGCUGGAGACUCUCCAACAAACCCGUCAUUCCCUUGCGUUGACUAUCAAGAAAAGGACAAUGCCCCUCAUCUCUUAGCACCACCUGAGGACAAUAGCACUGCCAUCUCUUACUUAUCAGAGAGUGAACCUAACCCUUGUUUAUCAGUAACUCAGCUUGAAAAUACUUGCACACCCAUUUCCUUGGAUGCUGAAACUGAACUUUCUGAAGACCUGCAUGAAGGGGAGCUUCCUUCUCCCAUCAGCUCAGGAGUAUCAGAAUGCGCAGUGUCCAGAGUCCAGAGCUGCCCUGUUUAUCCCUCAUCUACAUCUCACAACAGAGCUCUCUUGACCUCAUCUGUUCCUAGACAUGGACCUCAGCAAGCAAAUGGCUGCUGUAUGGGCACUGCACCACCCGUACAGCCGCUGCUUCUCACAGGAACUUUUUCAUAUAAUAUGCAAGAACUGGUACUUAAAGUAAGAGUUCAGAACCCUAAAGAGAAUGACUUCAUUGAAAUUGAACUGGACAGACAAGAACUGACUUACCAAGAUUUGCUCAGAGUGAGUUGCCAUGAAUUGGGCAUUAAUCCUGAGCAAGUGGAAAAGGUUAGAAAGCUACCGAAUACACUGAUAAGAAAGGAUAAAGAUGUUGCCAGGCUUCAGGAUUUUCAAGAGCUAGAGCUGGUUUUGGUGAGAGGCAUCAGUUCUCCUUUCAGAAGUGCUUCAGCAACGCUAAUGGAAAGACCCUGCUUUAACACUAAAGCAGCAAAGCUGACAUACUGAAGUUUAAGACUUCUAGGAAGUUGAUAUCUAAAAACCUUAUUCUCGUUAAAAUUAAAGCAGUAUGGGUUUACUAUUCAAUAUUUUUAUAGGCAAUAUUUUUCUUAACUUUGGUUAAUAUUUCUUGAGUGGUGCUAUCUCAAAGAUGGCUCUUGGAUUGCUCAAGCACUUCAGCAGUCUCUUGUGUAGCCUAUACGAAGAAGCACAAGUGGAAAACAUUUGUUGGGGAAACUAAUCACAAUUGUUUCCUCAAUAAAUAUUUGUUCCCUCAGUCAACUAGUGUCUGGCACCUAAUGAUAGGUAUUGAGUCAAUAUAUUUUAUACAUUGUUUUCAGGCCAACGUUGCCACAGAAAAACUAGUGUUGUCAUAAUCACUGGUCCUUUUUUUUUUUAAGUACUGCUAGGUACCUUCUCUGUGUAACAGUAAGACAGACAAAUGAACUGAGGAACAAGUAAAAGUUCAGUUUUCUUGUCCUAUGCUCUUUAUAAUAUAAUGCUGUAAAAACUGAAUUGUUUUGAGAAGAUAAACAAUGGAGAAACAGGUUUAACAAGUGUUUUCCGUUACCAGCUUUUGUUCUAUAAUAUUGCUUGUUGCAUAGUAAUGUUAGUUUGAGAGAUGAUAUAGCAAUGCUGGUAACUAAGCAAAUCUAUGCAUUUAGAAAACUAUUUUUGUAGUUUUAUAUAAAAAGGCAUGCAAUGCAAACCAAACCAACAGAAAACGAUGUAUUUAUGUGAUGCUUUAUCCUGUGAACCUAAGAAGAGUUUUCAAUGGCAGCUUUAUUUUUGCACUAUCAACUUGUAACAGGGUAGCCAAGAGUUUUAAAGUGUGUAAAUUAAAAUUUUCCUUUAGGCCUUGUGGCACCACCUCAAUUCACCUGUCAUGAAGCUGUGUGCAUUUGCCAACAUGUCUUCUAACAGUUGAUGUAGGCCCUCAUCUACUUAAGGUUUGGGCUGACUGGAUUACAUAGAGAAAUACCCCGACAAGGUUAUUAGUUUCCUUUUGUCUGGUUCCUAGGCUGACAACGUGUUCUACAUGCUUUCCUUUAUACAAGUGGCAGGUUACAUAAAAUGUGUGGAGUAUCGGAUCAUAUGGUCUUCUGUUCCUAUUCUCGCUUCUAAUUUGACACUUCUCUCAAAUAUUAUGCAGGUCUGACUUUGCCAACAAAUACAAAUAUUUUAUACUUUAACUAUAUAUCUUAGUGCAUAUCCAAGAAAACACAACCACAUGAAAUUUGCAGUGUUACCUCUUUAUCUUUAUUUACACUUUUAAAAAAGCUAUGGAAACUACUGGGACAGAAAUUGGUUACGUAAAUUUUGAUAAAGAGGAAUACCCCAACCUCUCAUUUUGAUCUGGGGUGGGGGCAUGGGGAUAGACAAGAAUGAACUUGAACACAUUUGAUUUAUUUGGAAAGAAGUCUAUUUAAUAUUAAACACUCAAUGACAAUCAAAUGUGUAACAGAAAGUCAUAGAUACUGUAUUUCCAUUAGGGUAUAUCAAGAAGCCAGGUAUAGCUUUGUUGUAAAAAUGGGGUUUAUUUUAGUCUGAGUCACACAAAAUACUAAACAUUUAUCCUUGUGUUUCAAAGUUCAAGAAUGAAAACUUGCAAUUAAACACUGAGCAAGCCAUGUGUUCAGGUUAUGUUGGUUUAUCGUCUUAAAAGUCUUAUAGGAAAAAAAAUGAUAACAGGACUUAAAUUCUCAGUAGCAUGUUUGCUUAUUAACUUCUCUCUGCAUUUUGAGAGGUCACAACAGUCCUCAAUUAAUUUUUAUUUUAAAAAAUCUAACUGAACUUUAAUUUUUUUUCUAUGCCACUACAGCUUUCUUUCACCUCAUUUUAAAGCAGAUCUUCGUAUUAAGCAGUCUUCAGGCUUCUUCGCAGACUUGUCACAUGGUUCUCCUAUAACGCAAAAUGUUGGGAAAAGAGAGUCAGAUAGUGGGAACAGAAAUUACUUUCAUUUGCCAUUCCUAAAUAGCGCCUGCUUGCUGCCUGCUUAACUCUUCAAAAUAAUCUCAUAAAAAUUACACCUAACACCCCUGUGUAUUGGACAGUUAAGGACAAACAUGAUGUCACAAUUCACCAACCACUGUUGUUGGGAAGCCAUGUAUUCCAACAGGGCUUGCACAGAGGUCAAAUGCAAAUACCGAAUGGAGGGUGUGCAACAUUAGUGCUCAGAGGAUUGCACUGUAUGGCUAAAAUCCUAUGCACAUUUAGUUGGAAGUAAGCCCCAAUGAACACAGUGGAACCUACUUCUGAAUAAGCAUGCAUAGGCCUGCACUGUAAAUUGGUUAGGGGUUCUUAGAAGAUAAGCUGAAACUAUAUUAACUAUGUUGCAAGGAAAUCAAUAAAUCAGCUGGUUUUAUUUGGGUUUAUUCCUUACUUAAGGAAUGACCCUGAGAAAUCAUAGGUCAAGACGGGGCAAUUAUUUAUGUAUAAGAUUUAGCUUCAUUUAACUAACAAUGUGGUUAUAUACAUUCUUGCCAUUUAUAUAUACCUAUUGGGUGUUUCUGACAUUGGCCUUUAUUUUCAUUUGCCUCCCAAGUCUGGUAUCAGCCAGUAUAUGCUGCUGUGUGCCAUGGCUGCCUGGCAAUUCUCCUACGCAGUAGGAAAUUAUAAACACAUACCUCUUAAAGACUUGAAAUGCAUUGAAUGUUACAAGGCGAUUAUUGUGUAGUAUUUAUUGCAUUUAAUAAAGAUAUCUAAUUCUGGGCAGCACUGCAUCCCUACACACAGUUGAAAGAAAAUUCCAAUCAAGUUAAUAUCAGGUUAACAGUUUCACAAUAUAUGCACAAAGAUUCCUUUUCACUCUUUGUAAAUAAAACACACAACAGUAAGCUUAAAGAUUACAGGCAACAGCAUUCAAACAUGGAUGUGGGUAGAGAAAGGAGUACCUGGCAUGAGUACCUGCUUAGUUUGACUGAAUCCUUGAUUUUUAAUUUGGCUUUUCAUGGGCCGCUCACAACACCAACGCUGUGUGAGGUAUGGUAGUCAGCUGCAAUUAUUCAUAAACCCUACACUUCCAUCAAUCCAAUGCUACUGGCUCUCGAGUUACAGAACAAACUGCAUUAGAAUGCAAGGCAAAGCAAAAAAACUAGAAACAUCCUUGACAAAGAAAUACUAGCAGUUUAUAUAAAAACAAAAUAGUCCAACAUGUGCCUCUAAUAUUAAGUAUUAAAGCAAAUGUUUCUGAUGCACCAACACAAUAUGGACUUAAUUACAAAAUCAGUUCAAGUUGUUAAAAAAGAUAAUAAAUCCCCUAAAAAUAAAAAAUAGGAUAAUUAAUUUCUAAGGGACUAGAUUACAAAUAUGUUCCCAAGAGGCACACUAAUGGGGGUAUGAAUCUGCUACAAAAUAGCCGAUACAAAACAAUGUACCUCAAAAGAUUUUGCAGGACUACACUGUGUUUUCCUUCAGAAGUUGCUUUAGUACCUCUUCUUGUUGACUUAGCUCCAUCUUCAUCUGUACAUACUUACGCUGCACUGUUAAACAGUAACAAAAAGCCCUAAUCAAAGUUUGAAAUAAUGCACUUACCUCUGUCUGAUCUGAGGUCAUAUCAGAUCAGUUUUAAUUGGACUGAGUGUCACCUUCAGAUUUAAUGUCUUCACUGGUCCCAUUGACCUCAUUCUUAGCAUCGCCUUCCUUGGAGUCCAUGCUUGUGUCUUCACUCUGUUUUUCCCGACUACUGGACUUCACACUACUUUUUUUAUCAUCAGAUCCCCUCUUUUCUGCCAUGAAAGAAGACAUUGACCAUGGACUUCACAGUAAAGACACACAAGGUAUCACGCUUUUCAGGGGUGAAGUAUAUGCCGAGACAUCAGCAAUUGGCUGUAAAAUUGCAAACUAGAGAUCAAAGUUACAGUGCUAAUAUUGAAUGAAAUAUUCCACCAGAAUGAACAAGAUCUGAGGGAAGGGAUAGCACAAAGGGGAGGCAGAACUGCUUAAGAUUACAAUGCAAAAGUCACUGACCUGUUUGAUAGUUCUGGUCAAAACCGCAAGCCAUGUACAUGCUACCUAACUGAAAACUACCUGAUGUGGAGACUAGUGUAAAAUGUGUCUAAAACUACAGACUCAUCACAGUAUACAACUUUUAAUCACUUAAUUUAGCUCAAGACCAUGAACAAAUUUGGGGAAGGACCGUAGCUCAGUGGUAGAGCGCCUGCCUUGCAUACAGAAAGUCCCAGCUUCAGCCCCUGGCAUAUCCAGACAGGGCUUAGACAGACUUAUUGUCUUAUAUGCUGGAGAGCCACUGCUGGUCAGAAAAUACUGAGCAAAAGGGACUUGUUGGUCUGAUUCCUGUUGGCAGCUUCCUAUGACCUCUGAUGCAAACACCUAAUCUGCUGGGCCAGAGCAGAGAGGGAAAUGACCCUAUGUUUUUAAAACUUCAUAUAAGAACAAAAUGAUAUAAGGAGAGCCUGCUGGAUCAGGCCAGUGAUCCAUCUAGUCCAGCAUCCUGUUCUCACAGUAGCCAAACAGCUGUCUGUAGGAAACUAGCAAGCAGGAUUUGAGUACAAGAGGAUGCUUACCUAUUGUGGUUUCCCGCAAUUGGUAUUCAGAACAUGUUUGAACUCUUGACCUCUCAGACAGCAUAUGCACAGAACACCUUAAAGCAAUUUAAUUUCUACAGUUUUACGUACUGAUCUUAGGUAACAAACCUUAACGUACAGGGUUAGAUCCAGGCCUUACUUCAUUGGUGGAGAUAUUGCAGGUGACAGAGGAAGGAGUGAUUUUAAUUAUUUCUCCUCAAUGCAACACCCUGCGCCACCUCUAACACUGUUCUGGAGGGUUGCAACACCUUCUGGAAGAACAUGGGAGGUGGAACUGGGGGCUGCAGAGAGGUGAAUUGGCAAACAUUACCUCUCCUCCCACUCGGCUGAAAAUCUGGAUGGAAGGAGUCUCUUUCAUCUGGGAAAGGCAAAGUCUGGAUCCAAACCACAGAGCUGAUUUUGAUUUGGCUAUUUGAAUCAAUUAUGCAUAUUACUGCCUGAAGUUUUAAGAACAUUUAAAUUUUGUAUUGUUUUUAUAGAUUUGCAUGCUUAUCUUUUUGAUAGCCCGUAUUCCCGAAACCUUUUUCUCCAUGGCUUCAUGUACUAUUCUCAAAUGGUAGUGCCUGCUCUUCCCUCACUCUUUUUCCAGAGCCCAUUCCCACCUCCUUUACCUUCAUUUGCCUGCUAUGCCCCAUCACCUCACCAGGAUUGGGGAUUGUCUCCCUACUUGCCAACCACUGCCAAGAAGAGAGAAAGUAAUCUGUGUAAGUGCAUUAUCAGGCUGAUAUUUAACAAUCCAUGAC